CAGGCUCUUCUCUGUGUGUGGUCACUGUACCGAAACAAUGUGCUUGGGAAGCAUCCCAGGCCUCUAGAGACACAGUCUGAGACCUACCGCGCUGCAGUCUCCUAACGAGAGGAGCGAAGCAGAAGCGAAGGCCGGCGCUGCGCAUUUCAAAUAAUCCUUUCAAGUCUGUCACCUCCUACGAGCUCCCCAGAGACCCUUGGGGUCGGGGAGCCCACAGAGGCCUUGCUUUGCACCAGGCACAGAGACAACGAAUCUGACCCCUUCUAACGACCUAACCUCGAAAAUGUGUUCCACGAACCCAGGCAGCUGGGUCACUUUUGACGACGACUCCACUUUUCAGUCUCCGAAGUCAAGGAGCUUCCCCCUGGAGAACCCAGGCGCCUGUAGACCUAACGGCCUGAAGCUGAGCCUUCCUGGCCUCAAGGAGCUGCCCAGUGGGCCAUCCUCCACCAGCAGCACCCCUCUGUCUUCUCCCAUGGUCGAUUUUUACUUCAGUCCAGGACCACCAAGUAAUUCUCCUCUUUCUACACCGACCAAAGACUUCCCAGGUUUUCCCGGCCUGCCUAAAGCUCACGUGCUGUACCCUAUUCCAGAGUCUUCCUUAAGUAGCCCCCUCACACUGCCGGCGGCAGGCUCCUCCUCCGUUCUGCCUGCUAAGCCAACCUGUUCAUCGCAGGCUUUCUUACCCAUUGAGCUCUCUUGCACAGUUCCGGCUCCCAGAGUAGGUCUUCCAGAGGAACUUUGCCCUCAGCAGGCUGAAAACACAGGGGUCCCCAGUGAUGCUCCCCAGUUUCGGUACUUCCAGGAGGACUGUGGGUUUUCAAGUCCAUUUUGGAAAGAAGAAAGCAGCGCUUCUCAGUUCACCUUUGACCCCCCAGGAGGCAGGAAGACGUUCUCGCCAAGAGACAAGGGGAUGCCUGUUGAUCAAAAAAGCCUAAAUAAAUGCUCACUCAACUACAUCUGUGAGAAGCUUCAACACCUCCAGUCAGCUGAGAGCCAAGACCCUCUGGGGAAUGUGUCUGCGCAGGGUGCCUGUGCUGAAGCCCCUGCCUCUUCCUUUGUCCCCCACACACUCUUCAGGAGUCAGCCCAGAGCUGGGUGGUCUUUCAUGCUGAGAAUUCCUGAGAAGAAGAACAUGAUGUCUUCCCGUCAGUGGGGGCCAAUUUUUCUGAAAGUUGUGCCUGGUGGAAUCUUGCAAAUGUACUAUGAGAAGGGGUUAGAGAAACCAUUCAAAGAGUUACAGCUCGAUGCGCAUUGCAGGCUGUCCGAACCCAAAGUCGAGAGCUUUAGUGUGGCAGGAAAGAUCCAUACUGUGAAGAUUGAGCAUGUGUCCUAUGCAGAGAAGAGGAAAUACCAUUCGAAGGUGGAAGUGGUUCAUGAGCCAGAUGUGGAGCAGAUGCUGAAGUUGGGGUCCCUGGAGUACCGUGACUUUCUCGACUUCCUGACGACUGUGGAGGAGGAGCUGAUAAAGCUGCCAGCUGUUUCAAAACCAAAAAAGAGCUAUGAGGAGCAAGAACUUUCCCUGGAGAUUGUGGACAACUUUUGGGGUAAAGUCACAAAGGAUGAUGGGAAACUGGUUGAAAGCGCCGUGAUCACUCAGAUUUGCUGCCUGUGCUUUGUGAGUGGGAAUGUGGAAUGCUUUUUAACCUUGAAUGACCUUCAGCUGCAGAAGCAAGAUGAAUGCUGUUUUGAAAAAGAUCCAGACAAAAAGUGGAUCGAUAUUCUCGACCACCAUUUUCACAAGUGUGUGAAAGCACAAGACUUCGAGCAAACGAGAAUCAUUAAGUUUGUGCCUCUGGAUGCCUGCAGGUUCGAGCUGAUGCGCUUCAAGACUUUGUAUCACGGGGACGAGCUUCCGUUUUCUGUGAAGUCCGUGGUGGUCGUCCAGGGGGCGUAUGUGGAGCUUCAGGCCUUCGUCAACAUGGCCCCGUCGCUUCAGAGGUCCCUGCUCACCGGGGCCCUGCCGUGCUGUGACAACAUCAUGAUACACUUUCCGGUCCCGUCUCAGUGGGUCAAGGCCCUCUGGACCAUGAAUCUCCACAGGCAGAAGUCCCUGAAGGCCAAGAUGAACCGCCCGCUGUGCCUGGGAAAUUUGCACGGACCUGAAUCUGAAGCUGUCAUUCAGGUCACCGUGGGGUCGGCAAAAUAUGACAGCGCCUACCGGGCUGUGGUGUGGAAGAUAGAGCGGCUUCCUGAUAAAAACUCGAGUCCUGAUCAUCCCCACUGUUUGUCAUACAAACUAGAGCUUGGAUCUGACCAGGAGAUUCCCCUGGACUGGCAUCCAUUUGCGACGGUUCAGUUUUCCGUGGCAGACACCUUGGCCUCGCGGACGGAGGUCCGGUCCCUGGGGGUGGAAAGCGAUGUGCAGCCGCAGAAGAAUGUCCAUCGGCGAGCUUGUUACAGCCUCCAGGUUGAAAUAGAAAAGAAAUGGAUUAAAAUUGAUGGAGAAGAUGCCGACAGAGCUGGUGGCUGCCUUACGCAGUAGGAGGAGCAGGAAGAGACACCAAGAGCCGCUGCCAGAUGCGAAAUGCUCGCAACCCGCAGGAGUUCUGAGUUGGGUGACUGUGAACGGGGGGCAGUGGCUUGUGAGCCGUGCCGGUAGGACAGGUCCAGAGGCUGUGUUUAGAAAAGCUCAAGCCAAACCAUCUGACUUUUAUACUUUCCAUGUGUUUUGCCCUGUGGGUUUGAUCUAAACGAACCUGUAAUUUGUGGGAUGUGCUUUCCAUUGAAACUCACAGCGCCAUUGCCUGUGUGUGUGUGAGCUGGUACCCAGCCUGGCUGAAGGGGCUUGAAAUUGUGGUUGCUCAGCUGCCGGCUGUCGGGAUAUCCUGAGUACCAUGUCCCUCCACCCCCACCUCUUGUCACUGUACCAGAUGGAAAAGCCCCAAGGAGACCUAGACUGAAGGAGUUAAUAUGCCUUCUUCCUCCCCCUGGAAACAUGGGGAGGUGGAGUCUGACGCUGACGCAAGGCCCAGCAGCAGCGCGGAUGUGCAAGGGUCCGUGGUUUGGGGUUAUUUCUGUUCUGUCCGCUUUUGGCUGCGUGUGGUGCGCGUCGCUGUAUUCUGGUGCGUGCGGCAAAGGAGCCGUCUGCUGGUGCGCGCCUUUUCAGUCUGGUCACUAGGCCCUGCCGCCUUCUAGCUGGUGGGAAGCCUUUGAAAACGGAGUACGAGUGUUGGGCACCAGUUAAAAUAGUUGUGGACCUGAAAGAUGAAUUUUUAAAGCUCAUGAACAUUAUUUUCUAAAAGUACACUAAAAGA